AAUACUGUAGCACUACACUGGCAGUCCUAAAUUUACGUUCUAACAUUUUGUACACGUUGACAACGUUUCUUCUACUUGAGUUUCCUCAGUAUAUAACGUGAGGUCGAACUGUUCGUUUGCGUUUGUGUCUUUUUUGUGCAUUAUUGUUCAUUUGUGUUAAAAGACCACGUGUAAAAAGAUUAAACAAUGGAAAAUAUUGAAAAUGCUGAUAUAUUGAAGGCCGAAAUUAAAUCAAUUUUAGCUUAUAAAUCUAAAGACGGCGCAACAUUUCAAGACGUUAAAGAUGAAUAUGCCUAUUUAAUGGGCAAAGAGCUAUGCUUCGACUCGGAAAAGCAAUUCAACAAUUUUAUGCGAACAAUGUCUGAUACAUACUCAACCGGAGGAGAUGGUCACAUGCUUUGGUUCAGUAACAGUACAAAAUCGAAACAUAUUUCGACUAUGGUACAGAAUCAAAAGCCCCCAAGAGAAAUUCCAAUUCGGAAGCACGCGCCAUUGAAAAGGACAUUGUUUUUCAAUUCAACGGGCACAUGUUACUACAACGACAACUAUGUGUACAAGAACAAAAGAAGUUACAAGAGCGAUUGCAACCUAAGUGAAAUUAAACGUACCCGCAAAGCAGCUUCCUUCUACAAUUACGAAUUGGUCGGGGACGAUUUCUUUCUCAAUAUCGCAAAUUUGGAUUGUAAUCAAAGGCUUGAACACGCUACGAAUCAAACCGGCUUCAAAGGUCGUCCGAUUAAACUAUGUGGUCUCUGUGUUUCUGGUCAGUCCAUCCGUAGUGUCACAAAUAUGUUCGAAUCGAAUGUGAUAACAAGCAAUCAAAUCAUUUUAAAUGUUGGCUCGGUGGACUUGCUGCACGGUCGUACGUUUAUUGAAAUGCAAACUGAUUUCAUGGAUCUGUAUUCGGAAUUGGAAAGCCGUGGAGUUCAUACAGUUAUAACAACGUUGGCACCUUUAGCUAACAAAUUGUACUCAAAAGAAAUCCAGAAACGCUGGCGACAAUUCAAUUCGUUUUUGCUGGACCAAUUUCCGAAUGUUAUAGACAUAACGUGUUGUUUCGUCACCAACACCAAUCGAGUGCGGUUUGAGUGUUAUCAAGGAGCGCCGAAGUACGUAACCGGCAGUAGUCAGGCUCACUUAUUGUGGAACUAUGUGGGGCGCCAGCGUGUGCUCAAGCAUUUAAAAGAUAGUUUGGCUGAGUUAGCGUAUAGCAGUUCUAUUUUUAACAGUGACCUCUGAGUUCCAAGCGUUUUAUACAUUUUGUUUUUAUUAUGAAGUUGGUCUGUGUUGCUGUGUCGUUAAAAAAAAUUCUUUUAAAAUGAUCAUUUUUGUCAAAAAUAUUUAUUUUUAAGCUUUGUUUUUCUCUGUACCAAUGGAUUAUCUAAGUGACUCUGGAUUAUCCCUUCGUACGAAGAAAAAUUUCGUUCAUAUUUUCUUCUACAACAUUUUGUUAAUCGCGAAACAGAACGUUGUGGUACAAAAUAUGAACCCAUUCAUGAACAACUUAAUUUUAAGUGACAUUUUAGUUAAGUUAAGUUAAAUCUAACUAAUAAGAAAGGUUGUAUGUAAUGCAGGUAAACAAAUCAUAAACUCUUUUGAU